GUUUUGCCCCCCAUUCCUUUUCCUUCUUCAAGCUUCUCUCUUCUCUCCUCCCUUUGAUCAUCAUAUCUCUUCAAUAUUAAAACGGACGGCUGAGAUCAUUUAUAAGGUGGAUCAUCAUAGGCAUGGGAUCGAAGAGGCCUCUUCCUUGUGACGAACAGGAAGAGAGAGAAGAAAACAUGUCAUCCUUCUCUAGAUACAGCUCGUCACGUGCGGAGCAGGAUGCCUCGGCUAUGGUCUCGGCCUUCGCUCACGUGAUCAGCGCCAGCAGUGGAGAAGUUGAGGCUGAGAACACCGCGGCGAGCUUACCGGAGGCACACAAGGAAGCUGCAGUCAAGCCUGAUUUAGAGGAGCAAGGAGCAACCACAAUGAGAAGACACUACAGAGGAGUGCGUCAAAGGCCAUGGGGCAAAUGGGCAGCGGAGAUACGCGACCCCAAGAAAGCAGCCCGUGUCUGGCUCGGCACCUUCGACACCGCUGAGGCCGCUGCUGUUGCCUACGAUCAGGCUGCGCUCCGAUUCAAGGGCACCAAAGCCAAGCUCAACUUCCCUGAGCGAGUCCAGGGCCGAACGGACCUCAGUUUCCUACUGACCCGAGGAAUUCCCACAGAAGUACCAGCCACAAACUUAUCUCAAGUUUCAUACCCUAAUUUACUGCAGUAUGCACAGUUGCUGCAGAGUGGUAGAGAUGAGGAUCUAAGCAAUGUUGCUUCUGGGCUUUAUUGUACUGGAAAGUCUUUGCAAUUUUCAUCUUCAUCAGGAACGAAGGUGGAGGGUUCUAAUUCGUCGGAGGAGUUUUUGGAUUUUUCAUUACCGCAUGCUGCGGGUUCAGUCUCUUCUUCUUCGAGUUCUUGGAGUGGUCAUGGAGAUCAAAAGGAUAAAGAUCGGGGAGGGAAGCAAAAAGAUAAUUAAGGGUUCAAGGGGUUGAGUGUUAAGAUUGCAUGGGGAAUAAGAGGGGAACGUGAUAGCUAGAUGUGGGUAUUGGAAGUGUGAAAACUAUUCAGUGGUUUUCCGUAAGAAUGACCAACCGUGCUACUUGUUGAUUGACAUGAUGAGAUUUAAUUUGGGGGGUGCUCAAUGGAAAUUAUUUUCAUGAGCCAUGAAACCAUAAAACCCAAUCCGUUUCUUAAUUUA